GUCGACUCACCCAGCUGUUAGUGGUUCAUUCACCAUUUUGUGACUGUAGUGGAAAAGAAGACCGAUAGUUUUUUAUAUCCCUCUUUGAGUUUCUGUGGGGGAAAGACAUGUUUUGCGGAGGAAAAGUAAAGUGUGAGCCCGGACCGCACAGUCGUCAAAGCCGACAGCCAGGGGAUGUUACCGAGACCAAUGCGAGCCUCCUCAUCAGCAAAUAAAUCUUUCUCUGGCGUGGGGAAAAGCUCUGUUGGGCCUGCAGAAUAGAGGACAGAAGGACAGCAGAGAAGAAAAAGCAGAGAAAGACAAAAAACGGAGUGCCUUAGAAGUGAAAAAAGAGGAGCGCCACAAAAUCUGCAGCACUUUGUGAACAGUGAAGAAAAGAUGAGACCAUUAAAGAAACACAAAGGCCGUUCUCCCCCGUUAACUAGAGGCAGAGGGGGGAGAAGGAGAGGGGGCUCCCAGCCCCUCCAACAGAAAGACCCCAAAAGAGUCAAGAAGGAGACACUCGUCAAAACCACACAGCAUACACCCAGCAUUCCUUCCACACGUAAACAGACCCCAUCCACAGCUACCAACUCUAAUGAAGAAUCCAUCACAAACAGCAAUACCCCCACGAGUGAACAGUCUGCCGAGCUGAGGAAACCUGUGGAGUCAGUUGAGAAAGAUGGAAAGAAGGAAGAAGAAAAGACAGAAAAGGAGAAGAUAAUGAUAGUGGGGACGAAUGUAGUAGUUAGUGCUAUGUCCACUGAUACUGUAGCAAUUCCUACCUCUGCCCCAGGACCGCUCUCCACAGCCACACCCCCUCUGGCCACCAAUCACAGCCCCAGCUUAGGCUCAGUCUCUAGUAGGAAAACAGCCACAUUUAAGGCCCGUGUACCCAAGAAAAAGUACACUUAUGAGCACUUUGCUAACAAUGCAAGUGCCCUGAUUACCAUGCCUACCUCCAACUCUGCACUCAUACAAAACAGUUACUGCAAUAUUAAAAGUAAAAUCAGUGAAAGUGUAAAUAUGCCCAAUAAUAAUUUCAAGAGUAGUAACAAUAUUAGUAAUAGCAUUAAUAAAAGCAUUAAUCUAAGCAUCAAUAGUGGUAACAAUAACAUCACAAGUGGUAUUAACAACCCAAAUAACAGUAGUAACAGUAGUGCUGGGAGCCAUAGUUCUUUUAUCAAUAGCAGUAAUAGUAGAAGUAAUAAUUGCUCAGGUAAUCAGCCAUCAGUGCUUACUGUGGAUAGUAAAGCUACAGAAGCAAACAAUUUUGUUUCUACAGAGGAUAGGGCCCUCAGGACAGCAGAUUCCCAGGAAAAAGAUUCCCAAUCUGGGGAAAAUGAAUCAGAGUUGGCCCCUAACUCAGUGCGCUCCUCGUCCACUGAUACAGCUAGUGAGCACUCAGCUGACCUGGAUGUGAUGGAGGCAACAGGGCCGAGCCUUCAUCAAAAGAACUCCCACAUCCCAGCUUCCCUCCAUAACUUGCAUCCUAAAGAGGCCAGUCUGUCAGAGGGGCUGGCUGAAGCCCUGGCCAAAGGCAUGAAAAACCAGAGAGUUCUUGCUCGUCAGAUAAAGAGGACCAUAGAGAGUGGGGUUGGGGCUACAGGGGUCAGAAGGGUUAAGGAGACAAACUCAUGCCCUUUCUCACCUGUGUUCAGACCAGGGGUGGUGCGUAGGGUGAGUGGAGGUACUGUUGACGUCCAGCUCCAUGGAGAGGAGACCCUUGUUAAAUACCCUUUCCAUGGUGGAACCGUGAUGACAUCGUCAUUAGGGACUGAGAGCACUGUGGAGUUCAUUUUGGAUGCCCCCCCACCUGGCAUGGCACCUGUGGCUGUUGGGACCCGAGUGUGUGUGCCCUUUGGUGGAGAAGAGGGAGGGCCUCUGCUGUACAGAGAGGGGAUUGUCGCUCAAGUGGACCCCCACCCCGGUGUCUCUUUUCCUUACCAGGUUCUGCUGAGUGAAGACAGGAAGACUCUGGACGAUGGAGGGGUGGGGGAAAAGAAAGAGAAAAGGAAAGCUAAUGCUCAUGCAGUGUGGGUGUCCCGACAAAGUCUGAGACUUCUCACCCCUCCUUGGGAGGUCUCACAUUUGGAUGGUGGGAGGGCCAAGGAGAGAGAGCGGGAGAGGGAAAGGGAGGAGAGAGAGCGGAGGGAGGAGAUGGAGGUAGAAAGGGAAGUGUGCCAGUUGAGUAUUGGAAUGGGGGUGCUCGGAGGGGGAGCAAGGUUGAGCCAUGGUUUUUCGAGUGAAGGAGUCAAAGUAGGGAUUCCCUAUGGAAACGUACAUCCACCACCCCAUUCUAGUGUAGCUGACAGCACAGUUCGUGGCUGUGGAGAGAACUACUCUGACGGAGAGAGACAGAAACAGCCAAACACUCCAGAAGAGGACGUUGAGGUAUCUCGUUUUAACAUGAGCAUCACUGCUGGUCCUAAGCCAAAUGCUGGAACCUCUCAGCACAGAAACAUCAUCUCCAAGUCCAGUGGCUACCCUCCCUCCUCCCCCCACCUCUCUGUGGUGCGGGGUCUGGGACCCCCGCACCUCUCCACCCUAGCUAGUCCUCUACCACCCCCUUCCCCUGCCUCAUUGGGGUCUGAAAUAAACAACGCCACUCCAAACCUACCUCCGUCAAAGACCGCUCCCACUCAGACCCCUACUCCUACUUCUGGUGGGGGGUCCUCCUCUACCUCCUCUCGCUCCAGGACUCCCCUCUCAUUAGCUCAGCAGAAAUACAAGAAGGGCGAUGUGGUGUGCACCCCUAAUGGUAUCCGUAAGAAGUUCAAUGGUAAGCAGUGGAGGAGGCUGUGCUCCAGGGAGGGCUGUAUGAAGGAGUCUCAGCGUCGAGGAUACUGCUCUAGACACUUGUCCCUGAGGACCAAAGAGAUGGAGGCAGCAGGGGGAGAGAGGGGAGGAGGAGGCAGCAGCUCAGGGACAGUCACCCCCUCUGACCUGCGGGGCAGAGCAAGUAGUGAGUUUGAGUGGGAUGACACAUCAAGAGAGAGCAGCGAAACGAGUAGCAGAGGAGACUCCAGACCCCGCUUGGUCCUCCCCUCCCUCCUCCCCCAUGACCUGUCGUCACGCUUUGACUUUGAUGAGUGUGAGGCCGCCACUAUGCUUGUAUCAUUGGGGAGCUCCCGCUCUGGCACCCCUUCCUUUUCUCCCAUCUCCAACCAGUCGCCCUUCUCCCCUGCCCCCUCUCCCUCUCCUUCCCCACUUUUUGGCUUCAGGCCAGCCAACUUCUCCCCGAUUACUGCCUCCCCUGUCCUGCAACACCGGAGGCACAGGCAACCCAGCGGGACGGGGGGAGGAGGGACAGUGGGCAGCAAGGUAACAACCUCAGCUGGAGGAGGAGAAAGGGAGAGACACACUUCAGGCAUCCAGCCCUCAUUCCACAGCAACCUGACCUUUACAGUCCCCAUGAGCCCGAGCAAACGAAAGCCUGAUGCGCCUCCCCCACCACCACUCCCCUCACACCACCAUGAUUACACUCCCAAGACAGAGCUGGAGCAGGGGGACCUCAACAACUCUUUCAGGGUGCUGUCCCCCCACAACCCAGCUUCACAUUCCCGCACACACACACCUACCUUCUCCCGACCCAGAGGAGUGACCACCCCCUCCUCCAGUAGGCCACCGUCCUCCACUGCCGUCUCCCCUCCUCCUCUUCUGGUGUCUCCAACUCCUCCUUCUCCUCUCACUCCAGACGGAGGGCCUCGUCGUGUGGUCCCUGUUUCCCAUCAGACCUUGCGGGACUCCCCUGUCAUUGUGAGGAAUCCCGAAGUCCCACUGGCAAAAUUUACAGAGUGUCCCUUGGGAAGAGGAGGAGGAGGAGGUGGUGGAAAUGAGGGAGGGACAGAUAACACCACAUCUAAAGACACUGGCCUAACACCUCUUACCCCUCAGCCAGUUUCUGGCCUCCAGGUUCCCGUCCCCAUUAAUGCUGCUGCAGCCACAGUCCCCAAUGGCACCGUCCUCUUGCGGAGCCCAGCCCAAACUCUAGUGCUUGUGUCCCCAACACCUUCUUCCCUGUCCACCACUGUUACCCCUGCCACUCCCCUGCAAGCCCUGUCAGUUACCGUCAGCACAACAGUCACAGCUCCAGCUCCAAGUAGCACAGACAGCUCUGGGGAACGAGAGGAGAACAGAGGGACAGGGUUUGGGGGUGAGGUUCAGCAGCCAGUUCCCUGUCACCCUUCUCCCACCGCUCUGCUGCCCUUGAUCCUCCCAGCUGAAAGCCUUCAUCCCGUCCCACGUAAAGAUAUCAUCAUGGGACGUCCUGGCACAGGUGAGAAUUGCUCCAUACGUGUUGGUGUAUUUUGAAUGUGAGGUCAGUGACUUUAAAGGAAUGAGAAGAAACCUUGGAUACUAUGGAGAACUUAAUUACAAUUUGUGAACUGAGCUGCAGUUAGAAAACAAGAGAUGUGUGGGAUAAGCAUAUUAAAUGGUGUAUUCUGUGCACCUUUGGAAAUACUCUAGUCACAUGAUAACCAUGUUUAGUCUCUGUUCCAAUACAAAUUUAAAAAGUAAAUGUAUCUUGUCGAUGAGAAAGUAUUAUAGAUUAGAAUAGAAAAUUAAUUAGGAUUACUACUUUGAAAAAUGUAUUUUACACGGUACCCAAACACACAAAAAUCUCCGAAAGUAGACUUUCCAUUAAUGGUAUUUUUUAAAAAGUUUUUUGAAACAUUUGAAAUGUGACUGAAGUUUAACUUUAUUCCUCUAUGACAUACCAAAUUACAGCUCUGUACAUAUGAAAAAUUAAGAAAACAUUCUCCCCUAUCAGAUUUUUUAUGAAUUCCAAUUUUUGAAAACCUCAGUAGUGUGGGGUUAGGAGCCCUCUGUUUUUUGUUUC